GAGUCCUCUGUCCCGGCAUGGGGGACAUGAAAACCCCUGAUUUCGAUGACCUGUUGGCAGCGUUUGACAUUCCUGACAUUGAUGCUAAAGAGGCUAUCCAGUCAGCCCCGGAUGAGUCGGAGGGGCACCAAGGAGCAGGCGGAGGGUCUCUUAUAAAGUCUGGUGACGGUUCGGUAGGGGGAAGUUCAUCCCCAUCUACAGAUUCUCAGAGUGACCCUUUAAUUGUAAGCGUGAUUGUGAAGAACCGGGUUCGCCCUGAGCCCUUUGAUGGUGAUGACGGCUCAGUAUCAGAACCGCUCAACCAUAAUGGAUUUGUGUCAUCAGGUGGGUCUAGUCAUACGUCUCAGUCCCGGUGCCAGCCUAAUGGAGAGCAGUGGCCCAUAUGCAGCUCAAAGGUAAAUCCAGAGACCCCAGCAUCUGUCCUUGGAUCUUCCAGCACCACCAAACAGAGCAGCAACAUCUUUAAUAAGCUGAAGCCCUUGAUGGCACAAGGUGCUGGAGACUCGGUUGGAAGGGCACGAAAAAUGCAGCUACUGCAACAGCAACAUAUGCAGCAGGAGGUUAACCUAGAAGGUGCAGACAAGGCCAAAGGCCCUGCGAUUCCUAGUGGGGCAAGUGGAGCAGCAUCUCCUUUCUUUCCCCCACCUAAACCACUUCUUUCUACUCCCUCCACAGCUUCAUCCUCCUCACCAUCAUCGCCCUCUCCCUCAAUUGGUUCCCGUGUUUCUGGUGCUGUGGCCUCGUCUCCUCUUGCUACUUCUUUAACAGAACCGUUCAAUGGAACCCCACAACUUGGUUCAUCGGAAUUUAGGCGCAUAGGUUCAGAUGAGGAGGAUUCAGAUCCUGAUUCAGGAGGCUCGUUGGUCAUCCAUGAAAGUCCAGACUCUCCCACACCUCCAAAACUGUCACGUAGGUUGAGGUCACCUCCUGAAAGUUCUCAAUCUCCAUCUAUCCCUCCUGCAACGUCCAUAUCCCCUAGCGGUUACCCUAAACCUGGUGAUGUCCCCCUAGCAUCUCCUGCCUCACCCCGGGCUCAACAGAGCUGGCUCUCAGCACCAGUCCAGACAGGGACCGGAAAGAGUUUACCCCAAGAGGAGCGAAAUCCAGAGCAUGUGAUUGAAGAACGAGACUCUCCGGAGAGCCCAGAGCCUGAGAUGCCCAAGUCCUCCAUGCCAACGUCAGCUGUUAACAAGAGAUCUUGUAGCCCAGCAGUGGCUUCUUCAUCGCCAUCUGCUGACCUCCAAGAACCCAAGGAGGAAGAAGAGGAGAUUGAAGUAGAUAAGGGGUCAACUGAGAAUGGACAAGUUGUGACUAAUGUGGAUGGCAAGGACGAUGUGAAAAGGGAUGGAGAGAAAAUGGAGGUAGAUCAAGAGGGUAACAUUGCACCGUCCAUCCAAGGGGACACUAGUGCAUCACAACGAAGUGGAGGCAAAGCUAUAGCUGGUGGCAAUGCCACCUCCAGGCCUCUUAAAGUCCGUAUCAAAACCAUUAAAACGUCAACGGGAGGCAUUACUCGCACAGUUACUCGUGUAGCAGGAAAAGGAGGUGCUGCCAAUGCAGGCAAAGGCACUGAUGCAAAUAAAACCCAAACAGGAAGUCGUGCCUCCCCUGCCAAAGGAGCUAGAAAAAAUGAUGCCACUGUGGGUCAAGUGGUAAAAUGCUCAACCCUACCAGUCUCCACACUAGAAGCCAGUAGUGCCAUGCUAGCUGCAGCCAGCAAAGUUCAAAACAAAAUGGCUGAUAAGACCAAGGUCUCUGCCACAGCAGUUAGCAUCACAAAAGCCACCACUUUACCAGUCACACCAACUGUGGGCGGAAUAAGCGUGCGGCCUACAGUUGGUAAAACUGCCAACGGAGGUACUGCCAACGUUCACAUACCUUGCAAACCGGCCUCCAUUGUCAACAGCACUGGUGCUGUUAUUUCGCGUAGCCAGUCUAGCCUGGUAGAGGCUUUCAAUAAGAUCCUAAAUAGUAAGAACUUGCUGCCCAGCUACCGUCCGGAUCUCUCAACGCCGCCACCCCCUGAGUGGGGUCUUCCUUUGCCUGCUGCGGGCUACCGCUGCCUGGAGUGCGGAGAUGCUUUUGCUUUGGAACGCAGCCUUGCGAGACACUAUGACAGACGCUCUUUGAGAAUAGAGGUCACGUGUAAUCACUGCGCAAAACGCCUUGCGUUCUUUAAUAAAUGCAGCCUGCUGCUACAUGCGCGAGAGCACAAGGAAAGGGGCCUUGUGAUGCAGUGUUCACAUCUGGUUAUGCGACCAGUCACGGUGGAACAGAUGAUUUGCCAACAAGACACUACUCCCAUUGGUAUGCUCUCUCCCUCAUUGUCCUCUCCACCUCUGUCAUCCUCCACCACUCCAACAGGGACAACUCCUGUACCGUCCACUUCUACUCCACUAAAGGACUCCCCAUCUCCAGGCAACGCUUCCUCCCAGCCAAGUCCUGCACGCCGUGGGCCCCAGAGUCCUCAGGCCCUAAUGCCUCUACCAUGCAAGAAAGGCGAAGCCCUACAAUACAACAACUUCAAGUGUCCUGAAUGCCAAGCCCAGUUUUCAAGCAAGGCUGAAUUAGUUACCCAUUUCCAGCAAAUCAGAGCUACUCCUAAUUCGACUUGUAUGCUUUGCUCUCCCCCCAUGAUGCUGCCAAACUUGUGCAGUGUGUCGGCCCAUCAACGGAUCCAUAAGCAUCGUUCUCCCCAUGUGUGCCCAGAGUGUGGUGGCACUGCCCGCCAAGCCACCUUUCAAACCCAUUUGGAAGAGGCCUGCCUGCACUUUGCCAGGCGCAUCGGCUACAGGUGCUCCAGUUGUCAAGUUGUGUUCGGAGGUCUGAAUUCUAUCAAGUCUCAUAUUCAAACAGCACAUUGUGAGGUGUUCCAUAAGUGCCCCAAUUGCCCGAUGGCCUUCAAAUCUGCCCAGAGUGCCCAGGGGCAUAUCACCUCCCAGCAUCCCACCCUUACAGCUGCACAGGCCAAGAUGAUCUACAAGUGUGUCAUGUGUGACACUGUUUUUACCCAGAAGCCUUUGCUCUACAUGCAUUUUGACACUCACUUGGCUAAACAAAAAGUGCAUGUGUUCAAAUGUCCUGACUGCACAAAGCUUUAUGCCCAGAAAGGCUCCAUGAUGGAACACAUCAAGACUGCUCAUCGAGCCCUGUCGGUCAAAGCCGAAACCCCGCCCACCUCAUCUCCUGCCUCCGCCCCUGCCAGUAACUCCACUUCUAAACCCAAACCGGUGGAAAACAAUUCAGAUGAAUUGAGCCAGGGACAGGGCGAGGAGGAAGAGGAGGGGGAAAAAGAGGAAAGAGAACAAGAAGGGGAAGAAAGGGAAGAGGAAGAAGACGAGGAAGACAAUGAGGAUGAAGAGCAGCCUAGCUCUCCAGAGAGUGAGAGUAUGGAGUGGAUGUGCAGGGAGUGUAAGAAACGCUUUGCAGAGAAAGAGGAUUACAUUAACCACAUGAAGAAAGAGCAUGGCACGUUAAUGAAGAAGUUCCCCUGCAGAUUGUGUGAGCGUUCAUUCAGUUCAGCCAACAGCUUGCGUCGACAUGUUCGUGUAAUACACGAGGGCGUCAAGAGAGUCUUCCACUGCCCGCACUGUUCAGAGGGUAAGCGAACAUUCAGCAGUCGUCUGAUUUUAGACAAGCACAUUCGAGUCAGACAUGGCAUCAGAACUCGGCAGCCAACAGAAAGACAGAGCGGUCCAAACACCAGAAAGCGUUCACUUCCAGGUGAGGGGGCGGGCAGUUCAUCAGAACUUGACAACGAGGGUGGAGUUCCCCCAGUAGGCGGCGAUGCCGACGAGACUACAGGAGAGGACUCUUCUGGUCCAGCGAAGAGAACACGUGCAUCUGAGAACCGACCGGUCGAGCAAGAGGAGGAUGACGGCACAUUCCGCUGUACACCCUGUGGCUUCACCACCCAGGAUUGGGAGGAGUUUCAGCGGCACAUUCCCGUCCACUGUGAUGCAGAAAACGCAUCGCAGCAGUGCCUGCAGUGUGGAGCCUGCUUUGCCUCGGCCGGCUCCCUCAGCCGCCACAAAUUCAUCACGCACCGCUUACGGCAAGGUCAGCAUGACAAAUGUGGUGGGAACGCUUCACCUGGUGCGUCACCACAGAACGGCUCGCCCUCCUCACCUAAAGCAGGCGAGGAGGGGGAGGGAGGGGUCAGCUGCAGAGUGUGCGGUCGACGCUUCGACAAAGCCUCGGACCUGAACACGCACUUCCGCACACAUGGUAUGGCCUUCAUCACGGCACACAGGACCGACAAACCCGUGUAGGAGAGAGACAGGAAAAAAGGAAAAGACAUUGGAAACAGAACAAGGCUUUGGAACAUUCAAUACGAAGAUUUUAAAACUAAAGGUCUAGUUCACCCAAAAAUGAAUAUUCUGUCAUCAGUUACUCACCCUCAUGUUGUUCCUAUCUUGUUUGACCGUUUUGAGAUGGUAUGCGAAAUGACAGCCAAAGUAAACAUUCACUUUUAAAAUACAACGUUUCACUUUUUAUUUAAUGUUACAAAGUAAUUCAUAGAGGUUUGGAACUAUACAAGGGUGAUUAAAUGAUGACAGAAUCUUCAUUUUUGGGUGAGCUAUCUCUUUAAUAAAUAACUUUUGGAAUAUUUGGCCUGUCUUUAUGAUUGUAAUGUUAAUAAGAUUCUCAUCUCAUCUGUCUUCCAGAAAAUACAAAGAUAUUCAAGUUUGUUUCCCCUUUUCUCCGUUCGCUCCCUCUUUCCAAAAUCCCGCUGCCAUUUUCUUUCACCUAAAUAUGUACAGGUCAAAUUGCAUCUCAGACAGGGUUUGUGCCAGUCAGUCUCUGCUGGUUUUGUUUAGCUGUUCUCAAAUCCAUAAAAUCAUUACAGCAAAAAGCAAGGUGCUAAUGAAGGUUUUUUUUUUAAACACAUAAAAGGAAAACACUGACUUUAAAUGUAACAAUAUUGUAUAGACAUUGUAGUACUGAUAUUUAUUUAGAUGAAGCAUUCUUCAGUCUUUUGAUAAUUAUUGAAAACUGAUUGGAAACAGGAGAUUAAGAGAUGGUAUAUUAGGUCAAAGGUUAUUGAUUGAUUGUAAACAGUUUAAAUACUUAAAAAAGGUCAAUAUAAGCAAACACGAGAAUCAAUUUCAAACACGGAUACACUUCGGUGCGUUUUAUAUGUGUAUAAAUGCAGUGCAUUACAGUUUUGUAUGGUUGUCGCAUUUGAAAAUGUGAAUAAGAUCAGUGUUUGUAUUUGCAUUUCUUUCAUUAGCUAAAUUGACUGAAAUACUGAUAGUGGACAUUUUUAUUUGGACAAGGAGCCUAGUGUAUUAUUAUGACUUCAUCAGAAUCAACAAGUAGAUGUUGAGUGUGAAGGAUCGCUUGUGUUUUAUUCUGAAUUGUGUACAAAUAUGAAUGUCGUUUGUGUUUUUUUUUUUUUUUUCAUUGAUAAGCGUCUUUUCUAUAAAAAAAAAAAAGUAUGUGCUUGUUAAAACCACAUUUCUUAAAAAUAAUAUUGUGGUCAUGUGAAUCAUUUGUGCGAGUGUGAAUUUCUAUGCUUCCAGUAAUAUAUGUAAAUGUCCCAUACAUAGACAGUCUAUAGACACCCAUCUUAUUCUGUGAUGAACUGCCUGUUUCACUGCCGUACAUCCUGUGUCAGUUCUCUCGCCCUUCUUUCUAAAUAAAGUCAAUUGGUACGGUACAUACAAAGGUGUCCUUGCUGUUCAGUCGAGUUUACAAGUCAAUGCAAUGCCUUGGAGAAUGUUGGGAACACAAGCACUCUCAAAAUGUAAAGAAUAACAUUGGUAAAAUCAUUGAAUACAAGUACUGACAAAAAUCUGAAUAAAAGUCAUACAAAUAAACUGAACUCUGAAUAACUGAU